AUGCAAAUGGCACCGCCUUGUAGCGAGCUGGGCUUCAGAUGCAGCCUGGCGUCGGAGCUUCAGGUUUUGCAGCGCCGCGCGCAGCAAGCAGCGGAGCGGGGACUUUGCCCCGACCUUCCCGAGGAUCACCCCUACGUCGUGCGCAGCGUUUCUUCCUUUCUGGGCAGAGGAUUUCCAGGUGCAGAUCAGAUCUACGAGGAGCUGGCAGCUGCCGAGGCCUCUGUGCUCAGAGCACGGGCUACCUUGCAAAGUCUGCCCUUGCCGAAGGAGGCGCUGCAGGCCUGCGAGUUGGACGUGCAAAAUGCCGCCCUCAAAGUCCACGCGAUCUGCGAGACGUCUUUGCAGAGUUCGGCACUUGCAUGGAUUCACGGUCGGGUACAAGUAUCUGUCAAAGAACUGAUGGAAGACAUCGUCGCACGGCUCUCGCAGCAUGGAGGUCGGUCUGAAACUGCUUCUUGCGCAGUGCAGCCUUCCCGUGCCCAGCGAAGAAUCAUCGAAUGCCCUCACAGUCUUUUUCUUCAGGGUCGCUCCGGCACUGGCAAAACGGUUUGCAUCAUUCACCGCAUCCUGCGUGCACGGCGCCAGUUCCCUGUUGCAAAGCGCCUCUUCGUCACUCGGUCGUCGUUGCUUUGCGCACAGGUGCUGGAGCAGCUAGCGGUUUUCGGCAGCACAUCUCGUGAUGCUGCUGUUCUGCGUGGCAGCAGUGGCGGCACACCUGUUUGCGUGACCUGGGAUGAGUUGGUUAAGGCGUUGGUCCCAGAGGCCAAGCCGGCCAUUCAGUACUCAGGCUUCUCGAGUCGCUUUUGGCCUUCCCUGAAAGCUCCACCAGACUUGGAUCCACUCUUGGUUUGGGCAGAGUUCCAUAACAGGCUGCGGAGCUUUGAUGCCGUGUUGCACGGCCUCGAGGGCCUCGGGGCAGUCUCCUUCGCAGAGUACCAAGAGAAGAAGACACUGGACAGCACCGGUGGCUACUCUCUCACUCAAGAGCAGUAUUGCGAAGCUGUUGCAGGUGACGACGGCCUGUCGGCCAUGGGAGUGCCUCUUCAGCCGCAGCAGCGGCGAGAAAUCUACCGUAUGUUUCUGGAGUACUUGCGCCUGAAGCGAACGUACAAAGUCUCCGAUGGCACUGAUGUGGCCGUGGCACUUCGAAAUGCCAGCGAGGGGGCGCUCGUUCGCGAGAUCUACGUGGACGAAGCUCAGGAUUUCUCACCUGCUGAGUUGACUGCUCUCAUGUCCUUAUGCGGACACGCCGAUGGUAUCACCAUUGCGGGGGAUACCUGUCAAACGAUCAACCCUGGGAGUGCCUUCUCAUUCCAAGACAUUCUGGAUGCUUUUCUGAGGUUGGAGCCGAAAUGCUUUGCAGGACUUGCUGAUGGUCAUCCUGACAAGGAAGCGGCCAAGUGCUCUUGGGAUCACGUUGGGGACUGCCGCCAGAUGUCACUGGCUUUCAACUAUCGCUCUGCACCAUCCAUCGUGCGACUGGCUAACACAGUCUCAGAGCUGCUUGUGCAGAUGUUCCCCGACACUGUGGAUGCCGUGGAAGAAACUGCCGCUGCCACGCAAGGUGGUGAAGUGCCGCUGUUUGUGCACUCGCAUUCUGGAAGUGGGGUUGUGGACAUUGUGAUGGGCACUGGCGACCGCCUCCUUCGCAGCAUGGAUUCCACGAGCUGUGUUGUGUUGGUUGGCGCGGACUCGGCUCGUCAGCGCCUUCGCCAUCAAGGCCUCAGAAGCACCAUUUUGACGGUGGCGGAGGCCAAAGGCCUGGAGUUCGACUUCGUGGUGAUUUGCGACUUCUUUCAGGUGUGUGGGGACGGAGCAUCCUGGUAUGCGGUAGAGGAAUUCCUGAAGGCUAAGGCAGCUAAGACAGCCGAGAAGCGCCGCAAGCGCAGGACACAGGCCCAGCGCGGCAUGUCCCAUAAUGCCAGCCAGCGGACACCGUCCCUGGUCCGGGCUCUGAAGGCACUCUACGUGGCCAUCACUCGUUCACGGUGCGGCUGUGCUUUCGUGGAAUCGGGCCCUAAGUCCCUUUGGGGUCCCCUGCUUGAGAAUUGGCAAAGCCGAAGCCUGGUGAAGCUCGUGGACGGCGUCUCUGCUUACACCAAGCUCUUAGAGUCAGAGGCGUCAGAGAUGUCAGAGUCAGGUGACGGCGGUGCCCAGGCCCGAGCUCGGUCCGCCGCAGUCCGCCUCGAGUCGGUGCAGCAAGCGCUCGCUUGGCUCUGGUCGGAACUCCAGCUGCGCACUGGGCCGGAGCAGAAGAAAGUCCGGAAAGUGUUGGGACAGGAGCGGCUGCGCUUGCAGGCUGGCCACGCCUUGGAUCCCCUCUUCAUGCAGCAUUUCGCAGCAGCACACGGAGUUCUCUCUCAAGCGUCGAAGGGCGACUCCACGUCUGCAGAUGGUACUGCUCAUCCUGCUGCUGCAACUUCUUCGGCACGCGAGCAAGCUGAAGAAGGCCCAUGGCCAGAUCUCCCGUCUUUGGUGGACGUGCUCCAACUGCGCUCUCGCAUGGACAGGACGCCGCAAGGAAUGGCCACUGCCUCCAGGCAACUCUGGAGACGAGGCCUCCAGCUGCUGGCGCACGCUUCCGACGAUUCAGAUCAGCGUUGGCAAGUUUAUGGUGAGGCCGAAGCUGUUUUCGGUGAGAGCCUUGUGUGCGCAGAGAAGCUUCUCGAGGUGCAACUCUCGCAAAGAGCCAGGCUGACGGAACCGCAAGUGGACAGCCAUCCCGACAGGAAGAGGACACAGAGAGACAACGCCGACAUUCAGGCCACCCCUGCAGACAUGAUGCGGAAGGCUGUUCAGAUCGCUGCGACUUACGUGAACUCGGCCAGCCUGCAAGACCACAUGUUUGCCGACAUCUUGGACUCCAAGUCAUCAGUGGAGAAGGAGAGGUUCCGAGUGAGAGGAUGGCUGCUGUCGGGCCGGGAGGUGGCUGACUUCGAGAUUGCGGCCACCGCCAGCUUGGGAGACUUGUACUCUCGCUUUGAGGAGUUCCUCGGCCAGCGGUGUCACCUCAUCUUGUCGGAAGCUGGGUGCACACAAGACCUGUCCUCCCUGGAUUCUACAAACUCGCUGCGUGACAUCCUUGCGGAGACGGUCCAAGCCUGGAGCUCGGAUCUCGCCUGGCACCGUGCCAUUUGCGAGAUUUUGGCAGCCCAGCUUGUGCGGCCCGGUCAUCAUGCCGCCGGGGCCGGGGCCACACAGCUCCGGGCUUUGUGUGUCCCGCGCAUAUGGGAGACAGUCUUCAGCAUGCUUUCGCGACGUGGGGAUUCAGAGUUCGAGGCACGCUGUGCCUUCCGACUGACAGUGGAGCGGUGGUUGGAGCAUAUGACAUUCCGUUGUGCAGUACGCAAGAAGGUCCUUCUGGCUCGUGCUAACCGCUUCCGCUACACAGCUUUGUACUCUGAAGAAGUCAGCCGAGAUGCUGACAUGGCAGCCCGGGAGCUGGAAAAGCUUUUGAAGGAGGAGGCGACGCUGAGCCCGAUGCAGCCCAUUGUUGCAACAACGGCUGCUGUGCAAGCACUCUUGCUGAAAGCUAGCCCUUUCCAGUUGGAAGAAGCCCGAGUGUUUUUUGGAGAAGUCGUCGUACCGAAGCAUCGUCGCCGCGCCCGGUUACACUGGAGCGCUGCUCGACUCUUCGAGUCGCUGGGAGACGCGCACGAAGCGGCAAAGGACUUCCGAAGCUCCUCCGAGGCCGCGUUCCAAGUGGUGGCUGCAUGGAGAGACAUUUCUCAGAUGCUGGGCGACACAGCAGUCGGAGCGUUGUCCAUGGUGGAGCAGCAAGCCCGCGCUAGUGCUCGCUGGGCAGCACUAUGCUGGGUCCACGUUGCUUCGGAGAUGGCAGCAAGCCGAGCAGAGACCAUGCCAGACAGGACCUCCAUGAAGGCGGCAGAGCAGCAGUUCCUGAAUGCAGGAUGCGUUGCUGAUGCGGUUCUCUGCGCGGCAGCCAGCUCCUCUCCCGAACAGCUCUUUCAGAUGGCGGCUGCUUGUCCGCAACAGUCUCUUCGGAGAGGACUCCUCGUUUAUGGCGCACUGCUUUGGCACGAGGGUUGGGACCACCCCCACAUGGCGCAGAUCUUGGCAAAGAUGCAGUAUGACAAACCAGUGUCCUCCAUUUGA